AUGCCGCUCCCAGCCCCACAGCCGGGAAACCAGUGCCCCGAGGAGGUACCAUCGGAGGACACGGCGAGUCUCGGCUCCCUCCGGGGCUGGGCGGGAUGGGUCCUGGCUCCACUCGCUGACGCCCCUUAUUUCCGGGUGUACGGAAGCACGUACCACGUACGCACGCAGCACGCAGACGUGGGAAAGAACUGUGUGAGGAGGCGCUCCUGGAAGAGGCGGCAGAGCCGGGGAGGAGCAGGGCGGAGCUUUCAGGGGGAGGAGCAGCUGAGGGCGGAGCCGAGUGGAGCUGGGGAGGAGUGGAGCGGAGCUGACAGGGAUGGAGCUGUGGGUCUUGGGAACCCAUGGAGGGUGGGCGGGGACAGGCAGUGCCCUUUUGAGUCUCUUGACAUAGGCGUCCAGUCCAGGCCGCAGCAGUCGGCCAGAGUCGCAGUGGCAGCCCCCAGCGUUGUCAGCGACCUCAUCGGACCGUCGGAAUGGACCUCAGACGACAGGGAGGCGGAGAGAGGGCGGAGCCUCUGGGCUGAGUCCUGCAUCUCAGGGCUGAAUGCUCAGGCCAGUUCCCCUCCUCCAGGCCGCCCUGGGACUGCUGGCCAAGUCCUGAGGUACAGUCUUGGUCUGGCCUUUUUGCAGAAGCCCGAGGAAGCAGGGAUGCUGGCCCUGAGAAUGGUUACCAGCUGUGUCCUGACACCCCAGAACCUCCUCCUAGCGGUUUCAAAUCAUGAGGGACGGUUCCCGGAAUGCUGGGCUGCUGCUGGAGCUCCUCCCGAAUCUUGCUUGAAGCAAGAGAACUUGCCCAGUGAGCCGGAGACGUUUGAUAUGUGGCUGCUGGUGGGGAACAGCUGUGAUGGUGCUGCUGGGCGCCGAUCCUUACUACAAUCUGAUGUCUGACUUCCCGGUGAGUUUCUUCACCUGCUCCUUCCCGUGUCCUCCACAAAUGAAGUCCUGGAAGAGCGGGCCUCCUCCCCCUCCCUCUCUGGUCAUCAGGAUGCCUCCUCCUGCCCCUCGGAGGCUGGUUUCCUCCUGUCUUCGUAGGCCAGCUUUGGACUCAGUAUUGGCCUAGAGGCUCCAAACUGUAUGUGACCCCAAAGGCCCUGUCCCCGGCUUCCGCUGUGUCCCCUGGCAGCUCCAAGCUCCGGUUGGCCAAGGCCCUCUUCACACGGCCCAGAUUGUGUGGUCCAGCCUGAGAUCUUUCUGAAAGGUUCCUCGGAAGACAUCUGACUAACCCCACACUUCAUUCUGGAGGAUGUUGGAUUCCAGGCUCUCUUGCUCAAGACCACGUGACACAUCCUCGGGAAUGGCCCAGCGUCCCUCAGACAAGUGACACCCGCUGCUCAGAACCUCCAGCACGGGUCCUGGGGUGGCUGCAGAGACAGAGUUGAUUGAGUCUCCCAUACCUGUGUUGAGUUGGGCCCUGUGUCCAACGGCCUCGAACUAUCUGGUUGUCCCAUUUCCCAGUGUUGGGUCGCCCGGUGCAGAGCCCGAGGUCCCUUUGGGAAGGGCUGGGGGGUCAUUCCUGUGUCUCCUGCCACAGUACUGUAAUGUCCUUCCCCCGUGGACCCGGCCACCUCCCUAGUCGGUUCCAGGUCUGAAAACUGGCUCAGGGGCAGAGCCUGGGCAAGGGAUCACAAUUCAUGUAUUGGGGUGACUGCC